AUGGCAUUAAUUAUAUUUACAAGUCUCUUUGUAAUCGUCAUUAUUCUGCUUUAUAUCUAUUUGAAACGAAGUUACUCUUCAUCACCAGAUGAUCUACCAGGAGUGAAACCACAUAUUUUUUUUGGUAAUCUAAUUAAUUCCGGUAUCUUGACGGGCAAAUCAACAUUUGCUCAAGUCAUGUUCGAUUAUCAACGUCGUUUUGGCGACAAAUUUCAAUUUUGGCUCGGUUCACAUCGAUGUUUAGUUUUCUGUCGAAUGGAACAUGCUCAGACGAUAUUUGCCGAUCAUCAUACUUUCGAACAAUCACCAUUAUUUCUUCCAAACUUCGAUCUUUUUUGUCCAAAUGGCCUUACAAUGUUGACUGGCGCUAGAUGGAAACGACAUGUACGAGUUUUGUUACCAAUGCUCAAACGAGCAAAGAUUAUCGAUCAUUUGGAUACAAUUGUUGAAUGUGCUGAUCGGUUUAUUGAUCAAAAUCUUCAUCCUGGACAGGUGCAUCGAGAUUUGAUCUCGUGCUGUCAAUCAUUUACGAUGAAUGUCAUUGGACUCAUUGGAUUUAACUCCGAUUUCGAUAUUCAUGUUAACUUACCAAUAAAAAAAGCUAUUCAAGAUAUUUUGUUCUAUAUUCCAUUGCUUAUGAUGACACCUUGGGUUCCUCGAUGGUUAGCUAAAAUCUAUUUGAAAUGUAAUUGGAAAUAUCAACGAGCUUAUCGAUUGACUCAAGAAUUCGCAGAAAAACUCAUCGAAGAAGAACAAAAUAAACAAAUUGGCAUGGAAGAUGAACGACCAAAUAAUCUGAUUGCUUCAAUGGUCUCAUCAUUGAAUGAACAAGCCAACGACGGAGAUGUUUCAUCUGGUUUAACACGUUCGGAAAUAUUUGACGAAGUUUUGACGAUGAUGCUAGCUGCUUAUGAAACAACAUCUACCGUUCUAUUGUGGUUCAUAUUCUUUGCAAGUAAAAAUCCUCAAGUGCAACAACGAAUGAAAGAUGAAUUGCGCGAACAUCAUCUUCUGAUGACGGAUGAUCUCACAUGUGUACCACCACUUACACCAGACAAUUUAGCUUCACUAACCUAUUGUGAAUGUGUGACAAAAGAGGUCUUACGCUUGGCUCCUAUUGGUGAUCUCACAACCCGUAUGGCCGUUCGUGACACUAUCGUUGAUGACGUGAUGGUCCAUCGUGAUCAAACUCUUUUUAUUGCUUUACAUAACAUCAAUACUGAUGGUCGCUAUUGGCUUCAUGAAGAUUCUCGAAAAUUUGCUCCAGAAAGAUUUUUAGCUGAAGAUCAGAAUCACCACCCAUUGGCGAUGAACUCCUUCGGUGGUGGACAUCGAGCAUGUAUUGGACAAGAAUUAGCUUGGUUAGAGUUGAAAACGAUCAUCGUCCGAAUGAUGCAACGUGGUGUCAAAUUCGAAGAUGCAUCGGAAAAUAUCGGUGAUUAUGAUGAACGCAUCACCUUUUUCCCGACGAACUUGGCAGUGCGUGUACGCUUCGAUUGA